UAAUAUUAAUGGCUCCGUAUUCAUAAUUUCUCUUUAAAGUUCAAACCGUAGCUUGACUCUUCCCUACCAUCCAUGACCAUUGCCGACGAGUUUCACUUCCUGUUUGCCGAUGAGUUUAGCUUCCUAUUUGUUAACAUGUGUUGGGUGUCCUAUCUCUCAAGUAUGAUUUCAAAAUCUCAUUUUUCUUUUUAUCUUCUCUCUUUUCUCUCCUUAUCUCCGUUCCAAGCUCAGUUUUUGCCAUUUCAAGCUUUUUCUUUGGUUGAUUUUUCCUCUCUUUUUGUUCUUUUCCUUCAAACCGAUCACCCGACGAAUCCGACCCGCCCAACUGAAGAAUCGAGACAAACGGUUUCAUCUGACCAUUCGGUCAACAACGGGUGAGAAAUCUGUUCACCCGACCUAAGCAGGUCAAGUGACGGUUUGACCCCAAACCCGAUCCGCCCGACCCGUGGACAGCCCUAGUUUCCUCGGGCAUAUGCGUGGUGAAUGUAUCGUGUUUUCAAAAAGAUGAUGGUUAUUGCAAGAUUAGGAUGUCAUGGUUUGGUAUUUUGGCUCCGGAGAUCCGUUCUACACCAUCAUCUUCUUCCUCGAGAGGCAGAAUCAAUCAAUUUCCGUUUGCUGUCUUGAAACUUCCGACAAGAACUUUUUGUACUGCAGCCAGGAGUUGCUCACACACCGCCUUAGAGGGUCGGGCCAUCCCAAAUUCGUUUAGCAAUGACUCAUUGUACCUGUUAAGCAACAUUAUUGCAAAAUACCUAAAGGGGCAUAGUUUCCUCCGUCAACAAAAUACUCAUGUUAAACAACUCUGGCGAUUCGAAGCUCGCUGCAGUAAAGAAAGUUCUCGUCCGAGGAAACUAUGCUGCAUUAGAUGUAUGGAGGAUUUAAUAAGCACCACCCGUUACAUCACUUGGUCCCUCCACAAUAAGAAUCGGGGUGGGUUACGUCAAUUUUUAGACUCUUUUGGAGGAACAGAACAGUCCAACACAGGUGGUAAUCCUUUGUUUGCUGGUCUCUCCCCUGAUUCAUCAUUGGGAUCCGUUGCCUAUGAGAAGCAGGACUCUAAGCCAAGGGCAGAUGUAAAGCUCAGUCAUCUGGCCUUGGGUACUGACUCAAGCUCUUCUAUCCAGACAUCAGAAACAAGUUGGCUGAUCUUCUAGAUAGUACACUUUGGAAUCGGAGGCUUGCUCCAUCAUCUGAAAGGAUUGUUUAUGCUUUGGUACAACAGAUAUUUCAUGGCGUAAGAGAAUAUUUCUUGGCAUCUGCAGAGUUAAACGUUGGUUAUAUAUAUCCUGAUUUCUGGUCAUUGCUAGAUUAAUUCAAUGGAAAUAAUAACAACUGAGUGAUGAGGGAGACGGUGCUAAUUGGAUGAUGGACAUUUCAAGCCUGUUUCUGAAUGCUAACAUUUUAUUUUAUUUUGUCAGUUUUGCUUGCUUUUAUUUUCUGCAUUUUAUUACAUGUCAUGCUUCUGUCCUUAUGUAGUUAGUUUUUUUCCCCAACUAUGCUGUUUACUAGCUAAAGUAUUUGUUGAUUUAUCACAACUUGCUGGUGAAACUAAAUGUACAACACAGAGAGGGGGGAAAUGAUUUGAUUUUCUUUAAAAUAUCUUGAUGCAUUCUUUUCUAGGCCUCAUUUUUCUUUUCCCAUUAUUUCUUAUUUGUGUAUCUUUUGCAGUUCAACUGCUUCCCUUUAAUGCCAGUUGUAGACAAGUUGCCUGCACUCCUCCGAGAGGACUUGGAAUCUGCUUUUGAAGACGACUUGGAUAAUAUUUUUGACAUCACUAACUGACAACACUCAUUAGGCCUGCAGAAGCGAGAUACAGAGAUUGAGCUGAAAAGGAUUAAGAGGCUUAAAGAGAAAUUCAGACAAAUACAUGAGCAGAUUAGUUCACACGAAGUCAUGACAAAGCCAUCCACGGAUUCAACGAAGUGACCCUGAUCCAAAAUACUGCUGAAUACAUCAGAUGUGUGAGAUGACAUUAUUCAUUUGUUAGUUUACUGUUGACGCUUCUCCAUUAUAUAAUUCUGAAAGAAGAAUGAUCUGGUAGUCAUUACAAGAAUUUUUUAUAAGCUUACUAUAUAUGAAAUAUCUUUAGUUUGCUUCUUA